AUGGAAUUACGACGGAGAAGAUCGCUGCGAAAGCUCUGGCGUCAUAUAUCGUCGCAGGGAGGGACAGAGAUUCGGAUCACAUCACUCACUCAUUCCUCAACCGGCGCCGUCGCGAUUGAUUUCUUUCUGCGUCUUUUCCUCCGUGCUGAUGGCAGAGCUAAGCCACAAGAAUAUCAAUCGCCGGCCGCCGGCGCUACGGCGACGGACUUGUUCAGAGCCGACGACCCACGAAGAGGCAGAAACUAG